AAGAUUUUUUUCACGAAUUUCUCUCUGAUGACCACAUUUGUUCAAUUAUAAAUGUUAUACAACUGACUUUGUAAAUUAUUAGAUUAAUACAUAAUUAUGUCAAAAAAUAUUUUUGUUUUAUCAAUUACCAAAAUUCAAGAACCAGACACAAGGCAAUAAUUGGAAUUAGUGAUAUGUUUAGGUUUUAAUUUUAUUUUUGAAUUAAUACAUUAAAUUUGAAGGAGAUGUUAUGUUGUUCAGCUUCUAAAUUUAGCAUUUGCACAUUUAAUACAAUCUUAAAAGUGGGUCCAAAUGAUUUAUUUGCUAGUCAAAAUUUGAAAAACUUUAAUCUGAAUCUUAUUCGUACAACGUUCUGGGAAAGCAAUAAAAAAAGUGGCUAUCAAAAGCCAAUUAAAUUUCCAUCAAAAAAGAAACAGAUAAUUGAUGGCUUCAAGGAGUUAAAAAAUGAAAUUUCACUUUGGAAAAAGGAAGUGAGAGAAAAGUUUGAGGGCGACCCAGUCUUGGUUUAUAGACCAGGGGAAGUGGACGUUGCUUUUCAAUUUAACGACCAACAAGACAUUGAUAAAUGGGUGGUUACGACUGAUAAAGAUCAUAAUGAAGGUAAGAGCUCUGCAACCUUAGAACGGAAUUCAGCUGGAGCAGGGCAUUUUUACGGUUAUUUGGACUCGCAGUUUCUUAAAGAUGGCAAAAUAAAACGUACGGGAUACGCUAACAUAAGAACAAUUAGAGUGAUGCGUUCUUUUAAAAGAGAAGUAACAUAUGACUGGACGCAGUAUAAUACACUGGUGCUAAAAGUUAGAGGAGAUGGUAGAAAUUACUUGAUUAACCUUCACACUGAAGGAUAUUUUGAUUUGCUUUGGAAUGAUAUUUAUCAUUAUGUGCUAUAUACCAGAGGUGGCCCACAUUGGCAAAUUUCUAAAAUACCAUUUUCGAAGUUUUUCUUGGCUUCUAAAGGAAGAGUUCAAGAUCGUCAAGGAGCCAUACCAUUGAACUGCGUUACGCAUAUUGGUUUUUCAGUUGGCGCAAAAGGCGGUUGUGAUGGUCCAUUUAGUUUGGAGGUUGGUUAUAUUGGAUUAGAAUAUGAUCCAAAUCAUAGAGAAACUUUUGCGUAUGAGAUGUAUAGAACACCAAAAUACAUUGUUGCAACGUAAAAUUAAAUUAGUCUU